AUGGCUCCGACCGACUUCCCGGACGGCGGUCGUGAGGCCUGGCUUGUGGUGUUUGGCGGCUGGUGUGCGCUGUUCUGCACCUUUGGCUUGGUCAAUUGUGUCGGUGUAUUCCAGGCGUACUAUGUUCGGGGCCCGUUGAAGGACUAUGAUAGUUCGGCUGUAAGCUGGAUCAUGUCCGUCCAGGUCUUCUUCAUGAUCUUUUCGGGAGCCAUCUUCGGCCUAAUCUUCGACAACUACGGCCCGCGAUGGCUCCUAUAUUGCGGUACCGUUGCCUACGUCUUCGGCCUGAUGAUGGUGUCGCUGUCGUCCGAGUACUACCAGUUCUUCCUCGCCCAGGGCAUCGUCGCCUCCAUCGGCUCCAGCGCCGUCUUCAAUGCCUGCAUGUCGUCGCUGGUGACGUGGUUCUUCCGCCGCCGCGCCGCUGCCUUCGGCAUCAUGGUCUCGGGCUCAUCGCUCGGCGGUGUCGUCCUGCCCAUCAUGAUGGACAAGAUGAACCACUCGGUCGGCUUCCCCUGGAUGAUGCGCACCAUGGCCUUCAUGUUCCUCGCCCUCCUCACCAUCUCCUGCUUCACCGUCAAGUCGCGGCUGCCGCCCAAGACCAGGCGCUUCAUCUUUAUCGACUAUGUCAAAGGCCUCAAGGACCUUCGCCUGUCCGUCACCAUCUUCGGCUUCUUCCUCUUCAUGUGGGGCAUGUUCUUGCCCUUCAAUUAUGUUAUCCUUCAAGCCGAGGCUGCUGGCGUGUCGCAGACUCUCAUCCCGUACUUACUGCCCAUCCUCAAUGCUGUGAGCAUCUUCGGCCGUAUCAUUCCAGGCAUCAUUGCCGACAAGGUCGGUCGAUACAACGUCAUGAUUGUCAUCACCUUCAUCUCGGCACUCUUCUGUCUCGCUGUCUGGAUUCCCGUCAAGGACACCGCGGGCAUCAUCGUCUUCGCCAUCAUCUUUGGCUUCUCGUCUGGCGGUUUCAUCGGUCUGGCUCCCACUCUCAUCGCCCAGAUCUCCGAUAUUCGCGAGAUCGGAACCCGCGUUGGCACCGCCUUUGCCCUCCAGUCGUUUGGUGCCCUCACAGGAAGUCCCAUUGGCGGUGCUCUUGUGAAGCAACGACAUGGCGACUAUUUGGGUCUCCAGUUGUUCUGCGGCUUCGUCAUGCUAGCCAGUGUUUUCGUCCUCUUCGUCGCGCGAUAUAUCCAGGUCGGACUCAAGUGGGCGAAGAUUUGA